AUGAGCCUUCCAGCCAGUUCCACCGACGAACCCGACAGGCGAGAACCCAAUGAAAAAUUACCGGUCGCCGGUCCGUCGCCUACGGAGUCCGCCAACCUUGCCUACAAUGAGUCCGAGAUACCACAGGGAGAUGCUAGCAGUGGCAUCGGCAGGAAGAUGAGCAACCUGCGCUGGUUUGUGGUAUGCGUUGGAUUAUAUCUAACGGCGUUUUUGUACGGGCUAGACUCCACGAUCGCUGCGGAUGUGCAAGGGCCCAUUCUGGCUGCCCUCGGGGAGCUCCGCCUCCUGCCCUGGGUUGGAACGGGGUUUCUACUCGGCUCAGUGGCCACCGUUUCGCUCUUCGGCUCGCUGUACUCCAAGCUAGAGGUCAAAUGGCUAUACCUGGGUAGCAUCCUGACCUUCGAAGUGGGCAGUGCGAUCUGCGGUGCGGCCCCGAAUAUGCGAGCCAUGGUUGUUGGGCGGGUCGUUGCCGGAGUAGGUGGCUCAGGUGUCUAUCUUGGAGGCAUCAAUUACAUCUCCGCUUUUGUUUCCGCCGCCAGACGGCCGAUUUACACUGCUUUGAUCAGCACAUUUUGGGGAUUAGGGGCCAUCCUGGGGCCUGUGAUCGGCGGAGCAUUUGCACAGAGCUCAGCAACGUGGCGGUGGGCCUUCUAUAUCAACCUGGUACUCGGAGGGGUGACUGCUCCAAUAUAUAUCUUCUGCCUUCCACGCCACGGGACACAUCGUCACGAAGAGAUCCUUCCGCGCAUUCGGAACCUCGACUGGCUCGGCGCGUUGCUCAACGCCGCGACUUACUCUCUCUUCAUUAUCUCGUGCACGUACAGUGGCUCGACGUGGCCCUGGAACUCCGGCUCCAUCAUCGCCCUCUGGGUGAUGACUGGGGUCACCAUCAUAUUGUUUGCACUCCAGCAGGGGACGGCAUUCCUGACGACAAAGGAAGAUCGGAUUUAUCCCGUCUGGUGUCUGAAGAGUCGGGCAUUGAUUCUACUGUAUAUUGGAACUGCCGGUAGCAGCGCAGUUUUGCAAUGUAACAUCUACUACAUUGCUCUCUUCUUCGAAUUCACCAAGGGAGAUGAUGCGAUCUCAGUUUCAGCCCGGCUGCUGCCCUUUAUUUUCCUCAUGAUCUUUAGUUCUCUAUUCAGUGGAACCCUCUUGCCGAGAUUCAACGUUUACGCAGCGUGGUACCUCAUCUCCGGCAUCAUAGCGUUGGUCGGGAGUGUCCUCCUGUUCGAGAUCUCGACUGGGACACCUCCCAGGAAUAUAUAUGGGUUUGAGAUACUAACGGGAAUCGGCUGCGGUCUGACAUUCCAAGCCGCCUACGCCAUUGCCUUAAGCAAGUCGCCCCCGGAGAAAGCAACCUCCAUUCUGGGCUUCAUCAACGUCGCCCAACUCGGCGGUGGGGCUUUAGCGCUGGCAAUAGCAGGGACAGUCUUCCAGAAUGUGGGAUUCGACACCUUGCAGAGUGCUCUCAGUGGUAGAGGGUAUGCCGCUGGGGAGAUUCGUGAGGCUCUCGGUGGUGGAUAUUCGGCCAUUCUGAGCGAUGGAACUGCCGAAGUGCGUGCCAUUGCCUCAGAUGCGAUUGGAAGAACUAUCGCAAAGGUGUUUGGCAUCUCUAUGGGGGAAGCGCGGCGGUGCUUGGGGCAGGACUGUUAA